AGUUUAGGUCUUUGAAUUUGGCAAACAUGAAGUUCAUCAUUUUAGUUACAUUAUUUGCUGUUGCAUGUUUUGAUGCUACAAAGGCUGAUGAAAGUGCUGAAACAAGAAAAUUCAUGGCUGAUUGUCGGAAACAAUUUCACAUAAACGAUGUUCAAAAAUACUGGGAAUUAAACAUUGGUACCUUGGCAAUAGCUGAUGUAACUCGUGAUAUGAAAUGUUACUUAAAUUGUUUUAUGGAAAAAGUUGGUGUCCUUAAAGAUGGCCGACUUCAACCAAAUGGAAGUGCUAAAUUCAAUGAUUAUGCUGACGAAGAUACUGCUCAAAAGUUAUUGAAAUCUUGCCGUAAUGAAGUUGUCUCAGAUAAAUGUGAAACCGGAUACAAUUUGCAUCAAUGUUUUGUCAAGGAUUUUGGUUAUUAUACUUUGCAAUAUUAUCAAAAGCUAUAA